AUGGACCAAGGACAACAACGAAGCUCCGUCAAGGAUGCCAGCAGAAGAGACAGCGAGCUUACGAAUGCGCCGAGAUCACAGAUUUGUAUCAAUCCGAUACCCGUCGCAGUUGAGAUUUUGGAAGAUUCCGAUGUCAACACGGAUUCCGGAGCCGAGGGCCGUCUCAAAUUUGAAGAUGUCGACCGCGAAUAUAAAGAUGACGUGAGGGCUGCUGAAGCUAAUUUGCAAGCAAUAUUGAAAAUGAUGUACAUACCGGAUCUCGAGAUGACCCCUUGGGAGCAUUUCGGAAUGAAGCAGUCGUGCCUCGCGGGGGUUGGCCUACUCUCUCGGCUCCGCCACAGAAAAAUAAGUUGUACCGACAUCCGCGACCAUAUGGAGAAUCUCGCCUGUUUGGUUGAUCUUAUUUCGCAGUACCACCCCCGUUCAUCUGGCUACGUCGCUUAUUUGUUGGCCAACAUGUGUCAAGCCUUGGGGAAAUUCGCGGAGCUACUCGAGGACUUUUCUCUGAAACGAGUCACCGACUGGACAAAAAUCAGCAAUCAUUACGUCGAUCUCUAUCGACAGACGGUUGCGCGACCGAAAACCCCCGAAAUCUACCCAUCCGUGAGGCUCUUCAACGACCCGCGCUUGAUAGCGCUCGGUGAAUUCACGUCCACGCAUUGCGCUAAGGUCGGCCCGAACGAUGUAGUGAUCAAGGUGGCCUUCCGGAAAAAACGGCCAAUAUACCGCAAGAGGAUAUCCCACAAUAGGAAACUAAUCCUCAACACAACUCAAAUGGGUUGCAUGGUGAGGCACCCCUUGUUCGCGAGAGUAUAUUCGGCGUUCUCCACCGAUCUGGCCUACCUCAGUGUGAUGGAGUACCAUUGCGGGCUGGAUCUCGAUAAACUCGUGGCUACAAGUCAAGCGCUCCCAUCAAUGUUCGCAAUGCUUGUGGUUGCCCAGCUUUGUGUCGCGAUUGAAUAUCUACACUACGUCGGUUUCAUCCACCGCAAUAUCAAGCCUUCGAACAUACUCAUUUCGCCGAUGUGUCGCAUAAAGAUCAUCGAUUGCUCCGCAGCGAGGGUGUGUUCAGGUAUUUUCAGUGCGCGGUUCCUGUCCGGCUUCAGGCGGAGAACUUCCUCGGAGUUCAGUGAUCAUGAAUCAGAGGGGGAUCUCUCAUUCCUGGCACCCGAAGUGAUCAGAAAAGCAGCCUACGGAAGAGCCGUCGACUGGUGGUCUGUGGGCGUGACAGCAUACCAGAUACGCUUCGGAAAGUUGCCAUUCCGUGGGAAUACAGAGAACGAGCAGAAAGCGCGGAUAUUGAAAGGAGAAGUCACCUUCCAAUCCGAUCCCAGGGACAAACAGUUUCUUGAAUACACGGACUUCGUGCGGUUGACGCUGAAAAAAAAUCCCAAAACAAGGAUGUGCUCAAGGGGAUACGAUGAAUACAAGAAGCACGAAUUGUUCCGAACUCUGAGCUGGAGGAACAUUGAAACGCGGACUGAGUUUUUGAGCUUUCCUCCGAUCUCGACCUUACUCGAAGGUGGAGAGGUCCCGACCAAGACCGUGCCGCAAGACUUCACCCCUGACUCCACGAUCAUAACCAACUUCCUAAACCUGAAAGAUACGACGCAGCAACAUGCCUUGUACGUUUUCUGCUCUGAGCCCAUGCGGACUCUACUGACGGUUCCGACGAAUGGUGCGAGCCUGGAUCCAAUGACAGAUGACUUCCUCGUUCCUUUCGAAGAUGCCCCGUACAAAUUUAGGGAUAUCUUCAAAGCUACGAGAAUGUUCUAG